AUGACUACUCCUUCUAAAUAUGAGGAAGAUAGCAACACUGACAACGACCCCUUGUAUCUCUGGUCGCGUUCUCAGACUCCAGAAGAAAAUUUCGAUGGUGCUGAAGGCGCAGAUGAGCACGGCAACUGGCCUCACGUGGGGUACGACGGUGAGGAUAGGAAAGAGGUGAAUCGUAUUACGGUUCUCUUUCAUUCAUACUAUGCUCAUGAAGCACAGAUUCGCGGAGAUACAUGGAAGCGAGAAGAUGGAACAAGUAACACGUAUACCGAGAAAGACAUACCUCUCCCGUAUCUGAAAUCAUACAGUGCACGACAGCAACAAAAGCGACAAAGGAUGGCUCAGGAGUCUCGAGAUAUUCAGAUCUGGUCUUCUACGGAUAUCAUGAAUACCCGGAGGCGUUUGCGGGCGCAGGCAUAUGAGGAGAAAAUCGCAUUAACAAAAGAUGAACCCAUUCCGAUUUCAGAGAAAUUGGCGGCGCUACUUUUUGAUAAAAACAUUCCGCUACAAAAGCACUCUUCACCUGAAAACACGGACGGCGAGGACUCCGACGUCUCUGGGUCUCUGGACACUGAACCAGACCCUCCGUCAACACCUCCCCCUUCGUCUAGGCUGAGGAAUAGGACAGCCAACAACCCGGCGCUGUCCAGACACAGACUUCCAGGCUCAGGGGAAAGAGCACACUCGCCAUCCGCGUCGACUAUAUCGUCGUCAUCCAAGAGGAAGGGGAAAGAGAGGGAAGCACCAUGGAGUGACUACAGGAUGCUUUCGACGUCUUCAGCGUCCGCUGGCGAAGACGGGGCCACUCGGUUACUCCCACAUAGGUCCACAAGGCGAGACGGCUCUCUUAACAUCCGAGAACUCUCUUCUGCAUCGAUACGUACUUCCCAGGCAAGAAUGAUCGGAGCCUCUCAUUCUUUCGAGGUCGUCACCAGCGCCGGACCUGCUCAACUCGUCUCAAUUGCGCGACCUUUGGCUACACAGACUCCGGCCUCGCAAACCCUAUUCACGGUGUUUGAUAGCAAGCGAAAGCGAUCGUUGACAGCCUCAGAAGCAUCCUCGUCGCGGCCUAGGAAACGUCUUGAGAAGCUACCACAAAGGCAACGCGAAAUUCUGCAACGACAUUGGACCCUCGAAGCAGCGAAAGCAGGAGCAGCUUCCAUCACGUUCGUUAAUCAAGUCGACGACGAAGAAACGCCCGAGCUGGCCAUGGAUUUCACGUAUCUGGAAAGGGAAUACGUUCGUGGUGCGGGCAUCCCCGACGUCGACGACGCACUGCUCACCGUCUGCAUCUGCAGAACGUGCACCCACCCAUCUGCGUGCGGUUGCCAGGCUGAUUCCGAAGUCAGGAGGGUCAAGCAAAACGGGGAAGAGGUUCAAGUGUUCGCUUAUUCCUCCAGGGGUUUAUUCACCUUCAACGUGGAAAGUCAUGUCGCUGUUAUCGAGUGCAACAGGUUCUGCCGCUGUGAUGUAAGCUGUAUAAACCGCACAGCCCAGCGUCCUCGUCAAGUCCCUAUCGAGGUGUUCAAGACAGAAAGGUAUGGCUGGGGUGUUCGCUCGUCAGCUGAUGUGGAGCGGGGGAGGGUUAUUGGGCUGUAUACAGGGUUGUUAGUGCCUCGGACCGUAGCCAACAAGUCAUCGGACCAGUCAUUUACCUUUGCGUUGGAUUUCACAGAAGACGGGAGCGAGCCUGAGGAAGGGACUUACAGCGUUGAUUCAACAUUGUAUGGUGAGAUACGUUUCCUCUCUUAUCUUUCGAGUUUGGGCUGGCUGACACCCGAUGGCGAAAGGAAACUGGACGCGGUUCUUGAAAUAUAUCAAGUCGUUUAUGACACCAUCUUUGAGAUGAGGACACCUUAUGUUGCCUUUGUGGCGAAGAAGAAAAUACUCGCCGGCACCGAGUUCACGUUUGACUAUUGCCCGUCGAGAGCUGUCAAGAAGCGCAAGGGAAGGAAUCGGUGCAUGUGUGGAGCGUCAAAUUGUCGUGGAUGGUUGGCUUGAGAUUUUCUUGACAGUUUUUUUUUUUCCAUCAUUAUUGGCCAGACGCUUGAUUGUUGUAUAAUGUGUAUAGGGAGGUAACUGCUGCAUGUUCAUAAUUCGUGUACAGAUAUAAAAGACAUUGAUACUGU